AUGUUUUCAUUACAUAAUAUUGACAGAAUUUGCAAAGCAUCUUUGUGUUCUGCCUCAGGGUUGUAGUAAUAUGAAUUCUUUCAGUAACAUUGAGGUAAUAAAUACAACUUUACAGUUGUCUCUUGUAUGGGAGUUGAAUCCUCUGCUUAGCUGACAGGUUUGUUAUUGUGACUGUGUGGUAUUUUUACAGGGUCUCUUUGUUUCGUGGUUUGGAUGGAGCAGUCAGCAUGGAUCUGCCAGCUUGUUUCUUCCUGAAAUUUCCUCAGCCCUUUCCCAUUCUCACCAGCUUCAUUGAAAACAUACAGAGGCUGACAGGUUCUGUUAUUAUCUGUCCAUACAGGGUAGCGGUUCUGGAAAACCCAGAUCCUAUAGUACGGGACAUGCAAACACAAACAGUUAGUCAAGCUACAGAAUGUGGAAACAUUAGAGGAUGCUGGCUAUCCUAAAUGACAGUUUCCACUUUAAUACAAUAUUGUUGAGAACCAUCCUGCUUGCCAUCCUUUGCCUUUUAAAUGCUUUUGAUGGCUACUUUCGGAUUAAUGUCUAUCACAAAUUAAAUCAUGCUCAUGUACACAUUUUAAAUGCUCUGUUUAAAUGCCCCCAAGUCAUUGGAUGGUAUUUAAAUAUACAUGCUGUACAUCUGGCUGAAUCCUACAUAGUGGGACUUAUCGGAGGCUAUGCGCUACACAGCUCUCAGCAGGUUGACUGCUGUUCAUAUUUAUAGGUAUUUCAAUGGUCGGGGAGCUCCAAUACAUUCCUUUCUAUGAGCUGUUGACCAGGGCUGUUCUGGAGCAGAAACACUGCACAGUAGAUCACUUGGACCAGUACUUUUUGGUGUCCCUUCCAGAUAACCAUUUUCACAGCUAUGUCCUUUCACAAGAAGCAUCGCUGCACCUAAAGAAGCCUCCAGAGGGAGCUCUGAUCAACAACAUUCCAUUCAGCCACCCAGAACAGGUGCCUUCCAUACUGGAGAUACUCCGGCACCAGUCUGCUUACAACACCUUGAUAGCCAGCUGUAUUACAACGAACAGAGCUGACAAAGGAUUUCCUGCAUCACUUCAUUUUGAAGUUAACUAUUUGGCUGACAGCAGCUUUUCUGUCUCAUUCCAACACCCUCUCAAUGACACUUUGGCUACAGUUGUUGUGGAUGUUGACAGUUCAAGGCAUAUUACCAGCAAGCUGUAUACAACAGGAGCACCUGACAUGUCUGUCAACGACUAUAUUACAAAGGUUCUAAACCGUUGCAUGUCUAUCCCAGUCACCAUGAGGGCAAUCAGCAGGAAAGCAGACCAGUGGAAUAAUGUGCCUCCUGCUAUAACCGAGGCUCCUACACUGUCUUCCUCCACAACGCUCCCUCCCGCCUGUUCUUAUGUUGUCUCUGUACCUGCUGCAAAUUCUGAUGCUGAAGUAAAUAUACAAACAAUUAACCCUUAUCCUGAUGCAUUAGUGAAUGUGUUUCCUGCAUGGUCAGCAAACAGCUGCCUUCAGCUUUGUGAAAACAUGAGCUUUACAGGUUAACCGCUAGCACUCGGAAUAGGCUAGGCACCUGUAACAACGCUGCACAAAGCACUUUUAAAAAUGGUUUCUUUUAAACAAUGUUUUGCUCUUCUUACUUGCUUGCUUUAACCUUUCAGCACCAAGUAACUUUACAUAGAGUACCCUGGGAUAAUUAGUGUUUGUUUCCUUGUCCUAUUCUGACAAAUUUAAUAAAAACUGAAAUAAACAAGUUGUCUUUCCAUGACCUGUAUGGUCUACAGUUGUGAAAUAAUUAAUAGUUAGAGAAUUGUGGUAUUUGAUAUUCCGACCUGCUACUUGGCUGGUAGAUUAUACAGCUAGACUGAGUGAACACAACAUAACUUAAGCACUUGAUUAGGAUUCUGCAGAACUGUACUGGAAAAUUGCUUAAUGUUAUGGCAGUGGUUGUUGAUUGGCUGCCUAUUGAAUUUGUAUGCCAGAUGCAUCCAGGCAGAGCUGAGUGAUCAACAUUUUUACACCCUGGCAUCUUUUUUUAAAAUCUGCAAUGUGUUUAUGUUCAUUGAACAAACUCCAACCUAUCUGAGACUAUUCCUUAGCAAAAUACAGGCACAGGACUGUCUACACCAGUGCAGAGUGUUUUCAGAAUUGGGUUGCCCCUUGCACUGCAGGCAUCUGCCUCCAUGUUUAUUGUACUGGUGGCAGUGAAAUAUAAAUGCAGCACCUUUUGCCCUCCAGUUAUUUUACCCCCAUUUUUUGUCCCAAUUUGCAAUUAUAUUCCCUCACUGCAUUAAUUCCUCAUAACAGCUCUGGAGAAUUGAAGGUCAGUAGACAUCUUCCAGUACCACCAGCAAUUGUGUUUAGACUUUCAGGAGCUGAAGUGUGGGUGCCUGAGCUCGAUGAGGUAAAACCACCCGAUUUUUUAUUUUUGCUUUCCUAACCAGCGAGUGUCAAAUUAAUACGAUGUUCCCUGUCAACUCACAUUUUACAUAUAGCCCUAAAAGUUAUUCCAGUAAUUAAAUCCAUCAAUUAUGUACUCCAUUGUGAAUAUCAUUGUACUGUGUAUUUACUGGACAACACAUAUACCAGUUAAGAAAACAAGAUUAGGCAAAAUUUCUAUCU